AUGUUCUCACUUUCUCGCACAAUAGCCCCACGGACGCUGAGAGCCACAUCCGCCAUCCCACUCACCAUCUUCCGCGCUGCUCCUGCUGCUUCGAUCACGACCUCUCCCUCAAAAUCGGCUACAUCUCUCGAACCCAAGACCGCCAGCAAUGACUCCAGCCGGCUCCCCGUUACCGGUGGCAUUCGCCGCGAGGUGCCCCUCCCAUCACAGGAGAAGAAAGAGGGCGCGAUGCAAUACGCCCUGACGACCCUCGACCAGAUAACCAACUGGGCACGACAAGGCUCCCUCUGGCCCAUGACUUUCGGUCUUGCCUGCUGCGCCGUCGAGAUGAUGCACCUGUCAACACCGCGAUACGACCAAGACCGACUGGGUAUCAUCUUCCGCGCCAGUCCCAGACAGAGCGAUGUCAUGAUUGUGGCGGGGACCCUGACGAAUAAGAUGGCGCCUGCUUUGAGACAGGUUUAUGAUCAGAUGCCGGAUCCGAGAUGGGUGAUUAGUAUGGGAAGUUGCGCCAAUGGUGGCGGCUAUUAUCAUUACAGUUAUUCCGUUACGAGAGGUUGUGACAGAAUCGUGCCGGUCGAUAUCUAUGUGCCUGGAUGCCCGCCCACAUCCGAAGCUCUGAUGUAUGGUAUCUUCCAGCUACAGAAGAAGAUGAGGCAUACCAAGAUCACGAGGAUGUGGUACAGGAAGUAG